AUGCAGACGAUACACUCAUCCUGGCACGAGGAAGAACAGUUUAAGAAGGCCAUCCGCCUGGUAAGGGUGGGCGUUGGCCAGAUAGUGGCACGAAUUGAGUGCCAAGGGCUGAGAGUAGUGUUAGAGAAGACAGAGGCUAUUCUCUUCCUCGGCCCCCGCCGGAGAUUCCCCACGAACGCUACAGUACGAAUCGGCGACGUGAGCGUCCAGAUCGGGAAGGAAUUAAAAUACUUGGGUCUCCUCCUAGACUCGAGAUGGACGUUCGCCGAGCACUUUCGUCUGCUGGCGCCGAGAUUGAAGAGGUCGGCAGCGGCCCUCGGUAGCCUCCUGCCCAACCUUGGCGGACCAGGAUCCAGUUGUUGGCAGCUCUACACGGGGGUCUUACGAUCCAUGGCCCUGUAUGGAGCUCCCGUAUGGGCGGAAGGCCUGAGCGCCCAUAACAAAGCGCUUUUAAAGAGUGUCCAGCGGGUAAUGGCGUUGCGAAUGAUCCGUGGCUAUCGUACGAUAGCUGGUGAUGCAGCACUCGCUCUUGUGGGGACCCCGCCUUGGGACAUUGAGGCACAAGGGCUGGCGGAGAUUUAUUUCCGAACAGCGGAGAUUAAAAGGAGAGGGGAGCGGGUGUCACCCGAGCUGAUAGCCCGAUGGCGCCGCCAGACGCGCAUUAUCACAAUGCGUACCUGGGAAGAGAGACUGGCGUCUCCGACAUAUGGACGACGAGUCGUAGAGGCGAUUCGGCCUCACAUACGACAACGGGAGCCGACACCCCAGUGCCACCACUGUGAUCAUGACGACGACACCGCACAUCACACGCUCCUCGAAUGCCCAGCCUGGGUAGAACAGCGAGCGGUGCUUGUUGCGACCACCGGAUUAGACCUCACACUCCCGGCCAUAGUUACAACUAUGGUCCGAUCGAGACAAGGCUGGGACGCAGUGGCUACCUUCUGUGAAGAUGUUAUCUCACAGAAGGAGGCCGCCGAACGGGUCAGAGAGGCGGAUGUGGCCGCAGACCCGAUUCGAAGACGGCGCGGAGGGCGCAGGCGCGCCGAACACGAGCGUUAG